UGCCAAAGCCCUAGAUCUUCCAAAUCUCCCUCUCUAGAUCUCUAUACCCCUCUCAUUCAAUUCCCUCAUUCUCCCUUUCAACCCUCUAACCAUUUCUUUUUCCUCUCUCUCAGUCUCAGCUCAGUCCUCCCACAAUAAACCUGCAUGGAGUAAUGUGCCCAGAAGCUUUUUUUUUUUCUUUAAUUGAUUAAGCUUUGAAAGAUAUAGCUGCAGGUUUGGCAUUAGGGUUUGAUCAGCUGGUUGUUUGCUGAGAAAGUGGAGAGAAAAGGUUUCUGUGAAAAUGGUAUGGGCUAAAGAAUACUGGGUUUUGAUGGGUUUUAUUGUGAUUAUUGGAUGGCUGCUGUGGUGUAGGAGGAAGCAGAAGAACAAAAUGAAAAGAAACAGUGGAGUUCCAAAAGGGAACCUAGGUUGGCCUUUCAUAGGAGAAACUCUUGCCUUCAUUUCCUGUGGUUACACCUCUCAACCUGUCAGCUUCAUGGACAAACGCAAAUCUCUGUAUGGGAAAGUCUUCAAAACACACAUCUUGGGAACCCCCCUAAUAGUUUCCACAGAUCCCGACGUUAACAAGGCAGUUUUGCAAGACCAUGGCAGCACUUUCGUUCCUGCUUAUCCCAAAUCAAUAAGAGAAUUACUUGGAGACUUCUCCAUUCUUCAAAUGAAUGGGAAUCUCCAGAAGAAAAUUCAUUCACAAAUCGCUGGAUUCUUGAGAUCAGCACAAUUCAAAACCAGAAUCACAAAAGACAUUGAAAGCUCUGUCAAGCUGACACUGGCUACUUGGAAAGACAGGCACCUUAUAUACGUCCAAGAAGAAGUCAAAAAGAUUACGUUUCAAGUUCUGGGAAAAGUAUUGAUGAGCAUUGAUCCUGGUGAAGAUUUACACUUUCUCAAGAGAGAAUUUGAAGAAUUCAUCAAGGGUUUAAUUUGCUUGCCUAUCAAGCUUCCUGGAACAAGACUGCAUAAAUCUUUGAAGGCAAAGGAGAAGUUGUUGAAGAUGGUGAAGAGGGUCGUAGAAGAGAGAAAACUGGCUAUGGAGAAAGCAGGAGAAAAAGGUGCAGCAAAGGAUGUAAUAGACGUGCUGUUACGUGAUAAUAAAGAAGCAAACGAGAAGCAGUAUCUACCGGUGGAUUUCAUCAGUGGAAAUAUCAUCGAGAUGAUGAUCCCAGGAGAAGAGACCAUGCCCACGGCAAUCACCCUAGCUGUCAAAUUCCUCAGUGACAGCCCCGUCGCUCUGAAGCAGCUUACGGAGGAGAACAUGGAAUUGAAGAGGCAGAAGGCUGACUCAGUUCAGGAUUUUACUUGGAGUGACUACUUGUCCUUGCCAUUUACUCAAAAUGUGAUCAGUGAAACUCUGAGAAUGGCAAAUAUCAUUAACGGAGUUUGGAGGAAAGCUAUCAAAGAUGUGGAAAUCAAAGGUCACCUGAUACCAGAAGGAUGGUGUGUGUUAACAUCAUUUAUAUCUGUCCACAUGGAUGAACAGAACUAUCAUAAUCCUUAUCACUUUGAUCCAUGGAGAUGGGAGAAAAUAGGAGGUGCUACUGUAAACAACAAUAAUUUUACACCAUUUGGAGGGGGUCAGAGGCUCUGUCCAGGUUUAGAAUUAUCACGGCUGGAAAUUUCAAUCUUCCUUCAUCAUCUUGUCACUAGUUAUGGAUGGGUUGCUGAAAAUGAUGAAAUUAUUCACUUUCCAACCGUCAAGAUGAAGAAGAAGCUGCCAAUCACAGUGAUCCCCAUAAGGACGUGAGCUUUGGUCGAUAUCUGCAAGCCUGAAACCACCAUUAGAUUGGCCCAUGCAUCUAGAAAAUGUGUAUGAUAUUAUAUCUCUAAAUCUCACCAGACAGAUCCGUUUGGUGGCAUCUGCAUUUUGCACCAAAAAGGUUCACUGAAAUGUGUAGUAUCUUGUUAGCUCUGGUGUCGCCAUCUCUUUUACAUGGUAGGGGUCCUUUUGCGGCCUUCUAAUUUUUGCAGCCCUUUUGAGCUGAGAAUUUAACUCUGGUCUCCAUCUAUUAAGAUAUUUUGUUUGAUUUGAUAAUAACAUAUGUACUGGUUAUAUUCUUACGAAUGAUAUAAAGAGGGGAGUGCAUUACAGACACUUUUUGACCUGUUGAA